GCUGCUUUGCUUUUCAUCUGAAGAGCUACUAAGCGGUGCUGGAAAAAGCCCUAAUGUCUAUGGGAAUAGCCGGCCAGGCAACCGUCCAGCAGUGUGAAAAACUCACUCAGAUCCCACAACUUUGACAGACAUUGAUCUUUUUUUUUAUCGUUGAGAUUAAUUGUUACGUUUGUUGUUGUUUUUUUACCUAGACAAGGUUUUGUUUGUUUUUGAUACUACGGAUCAGGCCUGAAUAAUAUCGGAUGUGAUGUCCAGCUCGCCGCUGUCCAAGAAGCGUCGCGUGUCAGACUCCGAGACGAAGACGGGAUCCCACUGCUCCUCCUCUAACUCUGUCAGAACUGAACUGUCUCACACACCCACCAACGGCAUGGCUAAGAAUGGCAAUGAUGCUGAGAUCGACGAAGGCCUGUACUCCAGACAGCUCUACGUGUUGGGCCAUGAUGCUAUGAAGCGCAUGCAGAGCUCCAACGUCCUGGUCUCAGGGCUGAGAGGGCUGGGCGUGGAGAUCGCUAAGAACGUCAUCCUGGGAGGAGUCAAGAGUGUUACCCUGCAUGACCAGGGACAGGCUGAAUGGAGAGACCUCUCCUCACAGUUCUACCUGCGUGAGGAGGACCUGGGGAAGAACAGGGCUGAGGUGUCUCGGAUUCGCCUGGCUGAACUCAACAGCUACGUACCUGUAGUAGCCUACACUGGAGUCCUCAUCGACGAUUACCUGACUCAGUUCCAGGUUGUGGUCCUGACCAACUCCCCUCUAGAGGAGCAGCAGCGUGUUGGAGACUUCUGUCACAGUAACGGCAUCAAGCUGGUGAUCGCUGACACACGGGGACUCUUCGGACAGCUCUUCUGUGACUUCGGGGAGGAGAUGCUGGUGAUCGAUACCAACGGAGAGCAGCCUCUCUCUGCUAUGAUCUCCAUGAUCACCAAGGACGCUUCAGGCGUGGUGACGUGUCUAGACGAGGCUCGCCACGGGUUUGAGAGCGGAGACUUCGUGACCUUCACCGAGGUCCAGGGCAUGACGGAGCUCAACGGCUGCCAGCCAGUAGAAAUCAAGACCCUGGGCCCCUACACCUUCAGUAUCUGUGACACCACAGGGUUCUCCGACUACGUCAGGGGGGGCAUCGUCUCGCAGGUCAAGAUGCCCCAGAAGGUGGCCUUCAAACCCCUGACCUCAUCCAUGGCAGAGCCAGAGUUUGUGCUGACAGACUUUGCUAAGUUUGAGCGACCAGGACAGCUUCACCUGGGCUUCCAGGCUCUACACAGCUACCAGAGGAAACACAGCAGGCUGCCCAAGCCCUGGUGCCAGGCUGAUGGAGAGGAGUUGGUGUCCCUGGCUAAAGAGGUGAACUCCGGCCAGACGGGGUCAGCCAAAGUGGACGAGCUGGAUGACAAGCUCAUUAAGAAACUGGCCUUCGUCUCCGCCGGCGACCUGGCACCAAUCAACGCUUUCAUUGGUGGACUGGCCGCACAGGAAGUUCUGAAGGCGUGUACAGGGAAGUUCAUGCCCGUAAUGCAGUGGCUGUAUUUUGAUGCGCUGGAGUGUCUGUCUGAGGAAGAGGGAGGAGCCAUGCUCACUGAGGAGGACUGUGCCCCUAGGAACAGUCGUUAUGACGGCCAGAUCGCUGUGUUUGGCUCCCAGCUGCAAGAGGAGUUGGCUAAACAACGUUACUUCCUGGUUGGGGCUGGCGCUAUUGGCUGUGAGCUGCUCAAGAACUUUGCCAUGAUUGGAUUGGCCAGCGGGGAGGGUGAGGUCAUCGUGACGGACAUGGACACCAUAGAGAAAUCCAACCUCAACAGACAGUUCCUCUUCAGGCCGUGGGACGUGACGAAGAUGAAGAGCGAGACGGCGGCGGCGGCGGUGAAGCAGAUGAACCCGUCCAUCCGGAUCACGGGGCACCAGAACCGCGUCGGGCCCGACACCGAGCGCGUCUACGAUGACGACUUCUUCGAGAGCCUCCACGGAGUCGCCAACGCUCUGGACAACGUCGACGCACGUAUGUAUAUGGACCGCCGGUGUGUCUACUACAGGAAGCCCCUGUUGGAGUCGGGGACUCUGGGUACCAAGGGAAACGUUCAGGUGGUCAUCCCCUUCCUGACAGAGUCAUACAGCUCCUCCCAGGACCCCCCGGAGAAGUCCAUCCCCAUCUGCACACUGAAGAACUUCCCCAACGCCAUCGAACACACCCUGCAGUGGGCCCGUGAUGAGUUUGAGGGUCUCUUUAAACAGCCGUCGGAGAAUGCCAUGCAGUACCUCACUGAUGCUAAGUUCCUGGAGAGGACCCUGAAGCUGCCUGGAGCCCAGCCUCUAGAGGUGUUGGAGGCCGUCUAUAAGAGCUUGGUGACGGACUGCCCUCACAGCUGGGCCGACUGUGUCAUCUGGGCUCGCCACCACUGGCAGUGUCAGUACAGCAACAACAUCUGUCAACUACUGCACAACUUCCCCCCAGAACAGCUGACCAGCUCCGGCGCCCCCUUCUGGUCCGGUCCAAAGAGAUGUCCUCACCCUCUAGAGUUCAGUACCAGCAACCACCUCCAUAUGGACUAUGUGAUGUCAGGAGCCAACUUGUUUGCCCAGUCGUACGGCAUGCAGGGCUCUACCGACCGUGUCGGCGUGGCUAAGAUCCUGGACAGCCUAUCGGUGCCCACCUUCGUCCCCAGGUCAGGGGUCAAGAUCCACGUCUCCGACCAGGAGCUGCAGAGCGCUAACGCCAACGUCGAUGACAACAGGCUGGAGGAACUGAAGACUCUGCUACCUGGACCUGAAGCUUCUUCUCAUUUUAAACUCACUGCCAUCGACUUUGAGAAGGAUGAUGACUCUAAUUUCCACAUGGACUUCAUCGUGGCGGCGUCCAACCUACGAGCAGAGAACUAUCACAUUCCCCCUGCCGACAGACACAAGAGUAAGCUGAUAGCUGGGAAGAUCAUUCCUGCGAUAGCGACCACCACAUCAGCGGUCGUAGGUCUGGUCUGUCUGGAGCUCAUCAAGAUCGUUCAGGGACACAAGAAGGUGGAGUCGUUUAAGAACGGCUUCAUGAACCUGGCUCUGCCGUUCUUCGGCUUCUCAGAACCCAUCUCUGCUCCCAGCCACAAGUACUAUGAGAUUGACUGGUCUCUGUGGGAUCGUUUUGAGGUGAAGGGUCUGCAGGCCAAUGGAGAGGAGAUGACUCUCCGACAGUUCCUGGACUACUUCAAGAAUGAGCAUCAGUUGGAGAUCACCAUGCUGUCUCAGGGAGUCUCGAUGCUCUACUCCUUCUUCAUGCCUGCAGCUAAACUCAAGGAGAGGCUGCUGUUACCGAUGACAGAGAUUGUGACCAAGGUUUCUAAGAAGAAGCUGGGGAAGCAUGUGAAAGCCCUGGUGUUUGAGCUGUGCUGCAACGACCUGACUGACGAAGAUGUGGAGGUUCCCUACGUCAGAUACACCAUCCGCUGAACCAACACACACACACACACACACCACCGGGGAAUCACUGAGGGAGGAGAGAAGGCUUUGUAUAAGUCACUUGGUUUAAAUGGUUAUUGGAGCACUGAUUGAUUGAGAGGAUGAGUCCAAAAUGGCACCCUAUUCCCUAUAUAGUACACGACUUUCGACCACUCAAAGUACUGUAUUGUAUAGCGUGUCAUUGGGGCUGGUGUUACCAGGCGCUGUGAUGUGUUGAGGGAUGAAGGAGUUUGUAUAUUGGACUUUUUAGACUUUCUGUGUAUCUGCUUAUUUUAAUGCUAUUAAGGGUUUAGUGUCUCUACCACUCUGGUUCCCUGUACCCUACCGCUCUGGUUCCCUGUACCCUACCGCUCUGGUUCCCUGUACCCUACCGCUCUGGUUCCCUGUACCCUACCGCUCUGGUUCCCUGUACCCUACCGCUCUGGUUCCCUGUUCCCUACCGCUCUGGUUCCCUGUACCCUACCGCUCUGGUUCCCUCUCCCUGUUCCCUACCGCUCUGGUUCCCUCUCCCUGUUCCCUACCGCUCUGGUUCCCUGUACCCUACCGCUCUGGUUCCCUGUACCCUACCGCUCUGGUUCCCUGUUCCCUACCGCUCUGGUUCCCUGUACCCUACCGCUCUGGUUCCCUGUACCCUACCGCUCUGGUUCCCUGUACCCUACCGCUCUGGUUCCCUGUUCCCUACCGCUCUGGUUCCCUGUACCCUACCGCUCUGGUUCCCUGUACCCUACCGCUCUGGUUCCCUGUACCCUACCGCUCUGGUUCCCUGUACCCUACCGCUCUGGUUCCCUGUACCCUACCGAUCUGGUUCCCUCUCCCUGUUCCCAACCGCUCUGGUUCCCUCUCCCUGUUCCCAACCGCUCUGGUUCCCUGUUCCCAACCGCUCUGGUUCCCUGUACCCUACCGCUCUGGUUCCCUCUCCCUGUUCCCUACCGCUCUGGUUCCCUGUUCCCUACCGCUCUGGUUCCCUGUUCCCUACCGCUCUGGUUCCCUGUACCCUACCGCUCUGGUUCCCUGUACCCUACCGCUCUGGUUCCCUGUACCCUACCGCUCUGGUUCCCUGUACCCUACCGCUCUGGUUCCCUGUACCCUACCGCUCUGGUUCCCUGUACCCUACCGCUCUGGUUCCCUGUACCCUACCGCUCUGGUUCCCUCUCCCUGUUCCCAACCGCUCUGGUUCCCUGUACCCUACCGCUCUGGUUCCCUGUUCCCUACCGCUCUGGUUCCCUGUUCCCUACCGCUCUGGUUCCCUGUACCCUACCGCUCUGGUUCCCUCUCCCUGUUCCCUACCGCUCUGGCUCCCUCUCCCUGUACCCUACCGCUCUGGUUCCCUGUACCCUACCGCUCUGGUUCCCUGUUCCCUACCGCUCUGGUUCCCUGUUCCCUACCGCUCUGGUUCCCUGUUCCCUACCGCUCUGGUUCCCUGUACCCUACCGCUCUGGUUCCCUCUCCCUGUUCCCAACCGCUCUGGUUCCCUGUUCCCAACCGCUCUGGUUCCCUGUACCCUACCGCUCUGGUUCCCUCUCCCUGUUCCCUACCGCUCUGGUUCCCUGUUCCCUACCGCUUUGGUUCCCUGUACCCUACCGCUCUGGUUCCCUCUCCCUGUUCCCAACCGCUCUGGUUCCCUGUUCCCAACCGCUCUGGUUCCCUGUUCCCAACCGCUCUGGUUCCCUGUUCCCUACCGCUCUGGUUCCCUGUACCCUACCGCUCUGGUUCCCUGUACCCUACCGCUCUGGUUCCCUGUACCCUACCGCUCUGGUUCCCUGUACCCUACCGCUCUGGUUCCCUGUACCCUACCACUCUCUCUCUUCUCCCCUGUUGCUUUUUGCAUUUUAAAACAAGUCAUGACAUGACUUGCCCCCCCAGGGUUGGUCCUAUAACAGGUCUAUGUGACUACUGCCUUCUAUCGGGCUUUGAGGGAAAGGGGUCACAUCACUUGAGCUUCUUUUUCCAUUUGUUUCCUGUUUCCUUUCGGGAUGGACUAGUCUGCAACUUUUAGGAUCAUCAGCGCUGUUUCCUGAUUUGUUUGUGAACUCCAGUGACCCAUGAGAGUGUUGGCAGAGUGGGAGGUGUAGUAGUUCUGGUAUAGUUGUCAUGGGAGCACUUUGUGAUGAGUAGUGAUGAAUAAAGAUGUAAAAACCUG